AUGGACCCGAACAGUGAGCCCCGAACGCCACUAGCGAGAGGCAAGAGUGGUGAAAGCACAGAUGUCGCGCCAGAUAGCCCUUCCAAAGAGGGCUACCUGACACGGAAACUGGAUGAAUUCGUAGAAUCGGUGCAAGCCCUUGGCAAGAAGUUCCCUUUGUUCAGCAGCCCCGAGUCCUACAAGAAUCAUUUGCCGAGUCGUAAGUUGGAUACAGCUCAUGUGAAGCUUCACGAAUGUGAGUACUAUUGUUCCAGGGACUCCCUGGAUAGAUUUGCCAACCUACUUGCGCAGCGUAGUGAAGGUCGGAGUCGGCUGAUGUACAUCAGCGACAUGUCUGGCUCUGGCAAAACCAGCUGCAUUGUGCCCGCUUUCUUGCAACUCCGGAAGAAGCCUGAAUCUAUGUGGCAGCUGCUUUACUUGCCAUUCUUCAACAACGAGGAUGGAUCGAAUCAGCGUCGGUGCCACGAUCAGAUGCCACAGCUGGACUCUAUUGAUAGAUGCCUACUAGGAUUGGACUCCCGCAACACUGCAGCAUUUUACAUGUUGAGGUGCUUACAAAAGACUUUGCACGGACAAUAUGUGGACGCUGCCAACGAAAAAAACAGAUCAAGACGUGCUGCUCUGGUCGUGGGCCUCGUGGCACUCUUUAGCUUCGCCCGGAAGCGUUGGAGAGCCCGUCGUGUCAUGCUCUGUUUUGCCUUGGCUUUGGGUGCAUGUUGCGCUGCGUUCAAGCAGAAAGUAGGAAAGUUCCUCGAGGAGUUUAUUGGGAUGCCCAGCUAUUUGUUUCCUGCCCUUGGUUGGGUGAUUCCUCCCAGCAUGGACAUUCUGGAACGGAGGCGGAGCCAGUUGUUGGACGCUCUCAUUGGACAAGGGAGGCCUCCGGAGAAGCAAGUCUUGCUCCACGUUGAUGAACACAAAAAGAUGUCCGAGGACAGUAAAAUGCGCAAACAAGCCAUGGAGUUCCUGGCCGCGGAUGUUCGAGUGAAAGUAGUGGCAACAUUUACUGAACCUCUUGAAGUCACCGCGGCAACAGGUGAAUCGAGCAAUUCUACAGAACUCGCACUUUACAAGCCUCCACCAGAUCCAGAUGAGGUCUUGGAGCACAAAUUUCGUCUGACAUUUCAGAUGUUGAACGACAAGAAGACGUUCCAAAACUUGAGCAUAAAUGCCGCGAACACUUGGGCUGCUUUGCGGCUCCUUGUUUACCUGCAGAUGUCAGUGAGGGGCUGUAGCUUUCUGCACUUGCCCCCGCAAAGUCUGAAUGGUCCAGCGGCUGAAGUCAACGAGUGUUUGCGAACUUUGCGGACUGCGGCUGCGGCUUUGCGGCCGGAUCUAAAGACUGUUGCGCAAUGCUUUGAUCAGUUGAAGAGUCAUUUGCAGCAAUUGAUAGGUGAACUCCGAGGUAAUUCCGCAGCAAGAAGAGGCAAUCCGUCAAUGACGCGGUUUCUUCUUGGAUUGCCUGCCCAGGAAUACUCGGAAAGGGAGAUGGAUCACCAGCCUGAUCGCAAGUGCAAGGUUCCUUUCGUGACCUUGGAAAGUGGCUGUUUGUCACCGCCUUUCCGAUAUUUGAUGUCGACAGAAGAAACCAGCGACCUUUCUUCUCCUCAUGUGGCAGAAAUCUACAAUCAAGGCCGCGUGAUAGUGUCACGGGCUUUGCGGCAGCAGGGUUGUCAGUUUCAGGAUGCGGUGGGAGGGCACAUGCUGCAGUGUUUGUACUGUUGGUCUUUGGGCUGCCUCUUGAGCAAAGCAGGGAACAUUUGCGACCUGCACCCACGCCUGGAAACAGAAAUGUAUGCCACUACCAUGAUUCAACAGCUUCAACCAGGUCGCUCAUUUAAGGGGACGACUACAACACUCCAGGAUUCGUUUGGCCAGGAGGUCGGUGUUCUCUACCGAGCUGACGAGCAGACGUGUAUGAACGGUGCUGAGCAGUGUUUCCAGAUGGACCAGAGGUCCCUCCUUCGUCACCAUCACGGGCUGGGAGCUGGUUUCUGUUGGGAAGUUCGAAUGGCUGCUGUGCAAGCAUUCCUGAGGUCCUUGAUUUUCGUCACCGACCUCGCAGGCCGUUGCUGCGUCCCGUGA